AUGCCUCAGCCGGCUGUAACAAAUGUGGAGUAUCUGACCCAUGAAAAUAAAGUAUGGGCAGCCAAAAAGAGGCAUAAAAAGGAACAAGUCAAGGAGAUAUUGUUCGAUGAGAAUGCCCGCAGGAAACGAAAGCAAGCCCGUCAAGAAGCGGGAAAGGCAAAGGCAUUAGAAAGGGAAAAGAAUGAGCGGUUGGAAGCAAGAAGAGAGAGGCGAAAAGAGCUGGCCGAGCGAGCUGCACAGAAUGCCAAAGAAAUCGAGCAAGCUUAUGGUGGCUACGGGUCAGAUGGGUCACAAUCAUCGACAUCUGCUAACGAAGCAGCGGAACCGCAAGAGAUGGAAUUUGAAGGCGAAGAACAACUGGCCACCGUCACGAUUGUAGAAGAGUUUGAUGCGGAUAACCUAAAAAACACAUAUCCCACGCAUGUAAGGGAUACGCACAAGUCCACAGCGCCGCCCAAACCUUCCAAAAAAACAAAGCUCAACGAAACACAUCGACGAAAGGCGGAGAUCAAACCAAAACCCAAAUUCCGAUACGAAACCAAAGCCGCAAGAAAACAUGAGAAACAAAAACAGCGCGCUCGAAGAGAAGAAAAAGCCUCCCGAGGGAAAUACGAGGCUAAGCUGUGA